AGGAGCAGGAGAAUGACGCCGGAAAUAGCCAAUCUGCCGGCGUGGCUGCUGCGGAGGGUGGGCCAGACCGGUCGGUGAGCUGCGGGUGUUGGCUGCAGAAAUACUUGCACUUCUUCCAUCCCCUACUGACCAUGUACAAAUGAUGCAAAAAUGCUGAAAAUUGUUUUAUUGCAGGUAUUUGUUACCAUCCUCCUUUUUUGUUGUUGUUGUUCACCGUUGCUGGCUCACUGUUAAUAUGGAAAACUGCUGUUUCUGCACAGGCCAGAAGGUCUUUCUGUCCAGAAUAAGUCUCAGUUAUAGUUUAGUAUAGAUUGGUCUUCACAAAAUAUUUUAAACACAGAAGUAACUUGAAUAAAAAAAUGUUUAAUCAAGGAAUCAAUUGGGUAUUUGACUUAUUUCAAAAUAUUGUUCCUAUUUUUCUCCAUGAUUUAAUGAAGCAAGGAAUGGCAUAAUCUUUUUUGCAUUAUCCAAACCCAUAGACAAAGUUAACUGACAGCAGAGGAGGAUUUAACACCAUCAAGAAAAAAAAUCCCAGGAAAAUGCUCUUCACUAAUAUCAAACUGUAGCUGAGGCUUACAUUUCAAACUUUGUGUUCUGUGCACUUUGAAGAGAAAAUUGUGGCAGUUUGUGUAUUUAGUUACUGAUAGGUUAAAAUACUAAUGAAUUGUGGAUCUUACCUAGUUCCAAAAAAACCUCCCCUCUGGUUUGAUAGGUUUGGCUUGUCCACGUUCUCUACUUCAGAGAUUUAAACAUGUAGCGCUUCUUUUCACUAGUGGAGGAACGUUUUUUUUAAAAUCAGCUUCGUGUGUAAGUGCAAUCUGAAGCUUAAGGUGCAUUGUAUAAUAUGUAAUAUAAUUAUGGAUGUAUUCAAUAUAAACACACAUUUUUAAGUAAAACAUGCUAUUAUAAUAAGGUAUACUAAAAUAAUCUCUAAAGAUGCUCAAUAUUUCAUGCAUGUUUUGAAAAAAAACCCACAUUUUAAUCACAUGCAAAAGUGACAGACUACAGAAGCCAUUAAAAUCUGUCAUUUUCUUUUACAGAAUUUGCAGUUAUUUUCAGCAGAAUUAGAAGUACAGUGUGUCAUUUUAAUUCCUUUUUUCCUGAAAAUUAAAAUUACAGUUCUUGAUCUUUUUUUGGCAAAGGAAAUAAUUUACAAAAUAACUUGGUGAAUUAGAGAAAUUUAAUUUUAAGAGAAAAUCCAGCCACUUUUACUUCUUUUAAGUGAUUACUGCUUUAUCUUAAUGGGUUCAUGUGUUUAUCAGGGAAUAUGCACUUAAUAAUCACUGCUUGCAGAGUUGGAAUCUUCCACUCCGGAAAUGCCUUCAGGAAUUACUGGAAUUUCCUUACUUCCUACUGAUACCAUGCUAGGUUUUUUUUCCAUGUUGAUUUUUUUCAUCACUUCUAAAGAACACAAAGCUUUAAAGUCUCUGUGUCACCUUUCAAUCUGAGAAUAUUAUCCCAACAUUUAUUAUUGAUAAAUGUCAUUUUUGUGGAUUAAAUGUCGCAACAGGUCCUGUCCUCUUUUUUCUUUUGCUUGCUAAAAUGAUUGACUGAAUAUUAUUUUUCUUUGAAGUUCAGUUAUUUAUGAAAAACCUGUGAGACUCAGUUGCAUUGAAAUUUCUAGGCAGGAACUUGGAAUUCUCUUAGUGUUUUCAAUCUCAGGCAAUCAGUGACAAUCAACACAUUAAUGGAAUAUAAAAGCACAGAACUUGUACUCAGUAUUUAUAGUUUAAUUACAUUUUAAGUGACUCUUGGCUUUUUAGUAGUCAGUCUUUUUAGUUCAUUAGAAGUGUCACCAAAUCCUACAGAUAUGCGUUCCACUCAUACUCAUCUUAGUGAAUGUUAAAUUAGAUGCAGAGUGUAGAGUGGUGUUUUUAAAACUUAUUAACAAGUCAUUAAUUUCUCUCCUUUUGAAUGGACAAGGAAUGAAAAUAGCAAAUCAUCUUGAUUGGGUAUACAGUAUACUCAAUACUAUAAUACUUUUAAUAUUAGAUCUUAGAAUGGUGAUCUUGACCUUUUCAAAACAUAUAUUAAUGCACCCUUACAUUUUGUUUGGAAAAGACCCCCUGAAAGUUCUCUAGAGAAAUCUAUACAAUUACUUCAUCUUCACUGUGCUUAAUUCUUUCAUCUUGGGUACAUAAAAUGUUCUGUAAAAUACCAGGUCUUAAGAUUUCCCUUUUUUAAAAUCCUGGUCCUUAGUAAGACAUACUGUCCAAGCUGGAGAAGGCCAUGUAAUAAACACAAUGUUCCAUUGAAGAACAAUUUAUUUCUCAUAAGUUACCUGCUAUGAAGUACAAAGAUUUAAGUUUUUUUUAAUUGGUGAGUGCUGUAGCACAGCUGUAUUGUGCUUUCAGGUAAAAGCAGAUAGAUUGUUUUACAAUUGGUUGUAACUAAUAAAGUACCAAAUCAGGGUUGAGUUUUGACUAGUUUUGCCAGCUGUGUUGGAAGAGGAGAGAGCUCUUCCAUGCAUGUAUGUCUACCUGCGCAGUGUUACCUCUAAUUUCUGAAUGGCCACUCCCUUGUGCUGGUACAGUCUGGAGCCUCAGCCCCGUUCCAAGGGUUUGGUCCUGUUUAUUGUCAGGCAGACACAGCCCUAAGGGGCUUUUCCUGGCAGAGUACGAGCUGAGCUAUGUGAGAUGUUUAUGUGUGCUCAGUGCUUCCACAAAGCAGAAUUCCCUAGGCUAUUUCAAAGUCACACAUAUUUAUAUGUAUAUUUUUAUCUCGCUAUUAUAAAGUGAUCAAACAGUUUGGUGUCUUUGCCACUGUCUUUCUGGACCCUCAUUUGGGUGUUCAUGCUUCACUGUUAUUACACAUCCUCUCCCUAGUUUGAUAUCUUUUCCUUGGUUAUUCACCAAGAAAUAAUUGCACAUCUUCCACCAUUCUCAACUUCAUUACCAUAUUUAAACUUCUCUAACCAUUUUGUUUAUCAGUUGUAGCAGCUAAGGCUAUUUGGACUGUUGGUUUAGCAAAAUCUUUUCAGCAGAAGUGUUUAUUAAUAUACUCACAUUAUGUGAGUAUGUUCCCAUCAGUGCUUUGGUAGGAACUACAACAGAUUCUGCACAAAAAAAAAGUUCAUCUCUGCUCAAAGGUCACUUCACAGUUCUGUUUCCUUUACUGUUUCUGAUCUGUGGGAUGGAUGUGAAAGUCAUUUCUAGGACAUCUGUUGCAGUGGUUAUGAUUUUAGUGUAUGCCUGAAUGUUCUGAAAAUGUCUGUCCUGAUGUUUUUGGUCUCCUUUAUGAGUUUAACAGUAUGCUGUGUUUAUAGUUUCCUAGUGUAAUAUAUAGGAUUCAACAUAUAUCCAGGUUAUUAAAUUCAUGUCUAAAAGGUCAUUUGAACUUCCUGAAGGAAAAGUAUAAAAAAAUAAAUUAAUGCAUUUCAGCGUCUUCUAGGUACAGAAUUAUAAGAACACUUAAGAAGGAUUGUUGAUGGUGCUAACUAAAAAACAAUCAUAAAUAUGUUGCAUCUUCCAUAUAUCUUUGGAAAGGGAGCAUUAGCAUUGGUGAAGUGAAAAGUUCCACUAGAAAUUCAGUGAGGUUUUGGCAGAUGUUUGCAUGGAAUCAAGGUCAGUUAAACACUUUCUUGUAGCUUUUUACAAAUGCUUAGAUACUAUGAGUAAUGUGUGUAUAACUCAUAUUUUGACUGUGGUCUUAUCAGAGUUCUCAGUGUGGUUACCUGGCAUCUGGGUCAAUGAGCUCUUUAUGUUCUAGACUGCUCCAUCCCUUAGUGUCCUGGGAAAAGGACAGUGCUAAAUCUUGGCAAAGGCUUGUAACCAGGUGAUCCCUCAUGGCCCUUCCAACCCAAACCACUCUAUGCUUCUGCGACAGAGGGGUCUCAUAAACAGCACAGCUAAUGAGGUCUGGGCCCUUAUUACUGGAUUCUGUGACAGAUCAUAAGAAUGCUCUUACCCUCUGAGCUCUCAGGCUGUCCCUUAUUUCAUCCACCAUAAUGACCAAAAGUAGUUUACUAUCCCUGUUGGGGUCUCUAGCUUGUCACAGUGACCCCGAGAAGAGUUUGGAAGUCCCUUUUCCCAGCCCGGCGCUUGAAGAAAGAGUCAGGGCUCCUAAUUUCUCUGUCUCAAGGUUGUUUAUUGUAUCUUAUCUAUAAAAGUUUUCUCCUGUCCUGCUGAGGUCCCCUGUCAUGGGGGACCUCAGCAGGAUAGGAGAAAGAAUUUUAUUUUAUGUCUUUAUACUAAAAACUACGUUUACAAUGUUUACAAUUACUUUCCAAUACCUAUCACCUAUGUUAGACAGUGAGCUUCUACUCUAAACCAAUCUAAAAGUGCCAACAUCACAGCAGAAGAGGGAGGCCAAGAAGAAGAAGAAGAAGGAGAAAGGCUGGACAUGUCCAGAUCCCUUCAUCUUGCCCCCCAGACCUCCAUUCUAAAAACCCCAAAAUCUGCUUUUUCACCUCAUGAUAAAUUUGCUAUCAUUCUACUUAAUUUGUCGUGGCUUGCAGAUCUUCAUCUAAGGUUGGUAACUUGCUCCAUGGGUCAUAAUCAAAACCACAGGCAUUUUGGGCUCUGUGCCAGGGUCUCUGAGACCUCUGGCAGGGGUCUUGGCUGCUCAGGACAGCCAGAGGGAUGUCCUGGGUCCUGGCAUAUCCCCAGCCUUCUGUUCAACUGCUCGCUGCUCUGUGGCCCUACACAGACUGGCCAUUGCUUGCCCCUUGACUGUCAGGCAUGCAGAAUCUGGCCCCUCAGCUGGACACCUGUACAGAUAGUUUUGAGAGGUACAUGUAUGUCCCCUUCACAUGUGUUAUAUGGGGUUGACCUUAAUAACUGUGAAGUUUGUAUCAGUUUUGACUGUAGCAGCCAACUGGCCUUGUGUUUCAGGUGUUAUCCAAUAAAAAUAAGCCAGGGAAAAUGUUUAAAUUUUAACUUUAGGGGAGUUUAGUUUUGGAAUAGUUUUCAGUUGUCUUUGUCAACCAGUUGUUGGUUUGUUGUUUUUUUGGUUUUUUUUUCAGAAAAGCAGGCUAAUAGCUAAGGGGGCAUUUGCCAGUGUAGGACUGUAAAGGUCCAGGAGGAGCAGGGAGGUUUUGCCAGGUGGUGAGAGAUCGGAUCACGCACAGCAGUACUUGUGUCUUGUUCCAGGAGAGGCUGCAAGGCCGGUUGCUCAACAACACACAGAUGUGUCUUAAAAAGGAAAAGUAAGAGAUCCCAGAUCUAAUGAACCCUUUACUGGAGCUUGGUUCUGGGUAAUCCACAAUAAGACAGGCCUUUUAAUGGGAAUCCUGGGGGAGUUUAUGGAGCAAAUAAAAAGAGGGGUGUUCCCCAGCAUUCCUGAACUGCAGACCUCUUCCAUGUAUAUUUGCACCCCCUAAGUUUCUUACCCUUUUAUCAAAUAUUUAUAAAAACCCCUACUGAUCAAAUAUUUAUAAAAUCCCCUACUGAUAAUUAAUAUGGCUUUGUAGAAGAAUGCGUGAAAUAAUUAUAAAUGCCUUGUUUAACAUACCAAGUUUUAGCUGAAUUGUUAAGAGAGUUUGAAGGGCUCUAAAAUCAUCAGCAGAUUCAGUGAAGUGGUACAUUAAUACCAAAAUUAUAAAGUAAGUCAGGAAUUGGCUACAAGACAGCUAGAAAUUGAAUUUAUUAAUAUGUAUUUUUUAAUAGAGAGAAGGGUGAAUUAGGCUAAGUCAUCGCACAGCGUUCAUUACUACAUUCCUUAAUUGUGGACAAAAACAUUAAAGAUGGACUGCUGAAUUUUGCUUUUGAGAAAAUAAUGAGAUACUGCUAUUAGAGAUUAGGAUUAGGAUGCACUAGAUGACUUGGAAAUUGGUCUAGUGAGACAGUGAUGAGGUCUGAACCAUAACAUUGUACAACAAAUCUUGUAUCAGUGAAAGAAAUUUAGGAUCAAACCAGAGUAAAGAGAAAACUGCAAGGAAUAAUAAGGAAAACCAGAAACUCAGCCUUAUAAGUGAACCUUGGAAAGUUUGACAAUUAUUCAUUCUAAUGAAAGUUGAGAGAGGAUAUCAACACUCUUGAUAAUUGUAAGAAUGAAGAAAUAUACAAAGGAAAAUGAUGUCAAAUAACAAUUUUAACAGAAGAACAAAUAUAUGUAAGCAUUAAUAAAUUGAUGUGUAAUUAAGAGGUUUACAGUCUCUACACCAAUGUUCUGGAAUAGAGUAUUUGUGGUAAUAGUGUGGUAAAAGAAAACUUUCUGAAACAUUCAUUGCUUGUAUGAAAGUGAUCAUAUGAUGUCUUGUCUAAAAUAGCAUAGUUCAACUUGAUUACAGUAGAUGUUUCCAUCUUCAUAAUACAAAUAUUACUGUAAUUGGUAAUUUUAUCAUCAGAAAGCAUAUUGUAGGUUGGACCUUGCUAUAGAAAUGACAUGUAAGUGGAGAAAGAUGUCUAGUAUCAAUUGUCAGUUCCAGAAUUUUGCAGAAAGGUUUAUGUUUCUUUUAGAAGAAGUGUUAUUUGACGUGAUGCCAAAUAAACUUUGAAAUUCACUUUCUUUUAUAAAAAAGUUUCAUUCAAAUGUGGGAAACUAAUGUUAUUGAAGCAACUCUGCUUUUGAAGAUUCAGCCUUUUGAGGAGUAGGCUUUUAAAUUCAUAAGAAAAGGGUAUUCUAGAGAAUUCUGACAUAGGAAAAAGUUUCAUGAUUUAUGGAAGUUGGGGUUUAUGAGGCCAUACAUUAUCAGAAUAAAUGGUGGUCUUGUUCUUCUGUAUUUUCCUAGUUCCUCAGGCUUAGAAUGGAAAGAGUGAAUACGUUGAGAUUGUCUGGCCAUGGGAAGGAGAAGAUGCCUGCUCCAAGGGUGCCAGUGCUGGCAGCAAGAUCACUGGAUCUCUUCUCUUCCAGGAGACAUGGAGGAAUAGAUUGAAGAAAACAUGGCCAAUCAACGGGAUUACAUUAGCAGACCUAUUUGCAAUGGAAUUUCUGUUCCUGAAAAUAAAAUCAAUUCCUUAGUGGCUGAAGGUCAUGGACAACAAAUUCUAAAAGUACUACAAAAGUUCAGAGAACAAAAUAUAUUUUUUGAUUUUAAAAUUCGUGUGAAAGAUGAAAUAAUUCCCUGUCAUCGUUGCGUACUGGCAGCAUGCAGUGAUUUUUUCAGAGCCAUGUUUGAAGUUAAUAUGAAAGAACGGGAUGAUGGCAAUGUUACUAUUAGUAACCUAUCACCCAAGGCAGUGAAAGCUUUUCUUGAUUAUGCUUACACAGGAAAAACAGAGAUAACCAAUGAUAAUGUGGAAAUGCUGUUCCAACUGUCGUCAUUUCUUCAAGUUUCACUCCUUUCCAAAGCUUGCAGUGACUUCCUAAUAAAAAGUAUUGAUCUUGUGAAUUGCUUACAGUUGCUUUCUCUAUCAGAAAGUUAUGGGUCUGUCCGCUUGUUUGAUCAUGCGCUAGAUUUUGUACAACACCACUUUUCAUUGCUGCUCAGAUCGAGUGACUUCUUGGAGAUGAAUUUUGAGAUAUUACAAAAAUGCCUGGAGGCUGAUGAACUAGAUGUCCCUGAGGAAGAAUCAGUGUUGAAAGCUGUCCUCCAAUGGACCAAACACAACUUAGAAACACGGCAGAAAUACCUGCCUAAUUUGAUUAAAAAAGUGAGAUUACACCAGUUACCUGAAAAGACUUUGCAGGACUUUCUGCAUUCUGAAGAGCACUUACUUAAGAGUGCUAAUUGCUCCGUAAUAAUCAAUGAUGCAGUUAAAAGUGUGCAGAACUUCAGUGGAUUGUUUCCAGAUGCACGUCCUUCAACAACAGAAAAAUAUAUAUUUGUUCAUAAAACUGAUGAAGAUGGAGAAAACAGACAUACGUUCUGCUACAACAUCAAAACAGAUAAAUGGAAAGAACUACCACAUACGCACAUGAUUGAUCUGCCAGGGUCAAGUUUGUCUAGCUAUGGAGAAAAAAUAUUUAUAACUGGAGGAUGCAAGGGUAAUUGUUAUAGGACUGUCAGGCUUCAUAUUGCUGAACCAUUUCAUGAUGCCACUGACCAAACCUGGUGCUACUGCCCAGUUAGCAAUGAAUUCUCCAUAGUGUCAGCUAUGAAAAAACCAAGGACAAUGCACACAUCUGUUGUAACCUUAAAUCAGCUCUUUGUGAUAGGUGGAAAGACCAGAGGAGCUCAAGAAACGCGGAGUCUUUUGGAUGUAGAAUCCUAUAACCCUCUUUCCAAAGACUGGAAAUCUGUAAGCCAGUUACCAAGAGGUAUCUACUAUCCAGAAGCAAGUGCAUGCCAGAAUAUAAUUUAUGUCCUUGGCUCAGAAGUAGAGAUUACUGAUGCCUUUAAUCCGUCCCUUGACUGUUUCUUUAAGUAUAACGCUAUGACUGAUCAGUGGUCUGAGCUUGUAGCAGAAUUUGGGCAGUUUUUCCAUGCAACUCUAAUCAAAGCUGUUCCAGUGAACUGCACAUUGUACAUAUGUGAUCUCUCCACCUACAAGGUUUACAGUUUUUGCCCAGAAACCUGUGUUUGGAAAGGGGAAGGAUCUUUUGAAUGUGCUGGCUUUAAUGCAGGGGCAGUUGGGACAGAAGACAAAAUUUAUAUACUAGGUGGUGAUUAUGCUCCAGAAGAAAUCACAGAUGAAGUUCAAGUCUACCACAGUAGUAGGUCUGAGUGGGAAGAAGUUUCACCAAUGCCAAGAGCCUUAACUGAGUUUUACUGUCAGGUCAUUCAGUUUAAUAAAUAUAGGGACCCCUGGUCACCUGUACUGACAAUUUGCUCUGGAGAAUUUUGAAACUCCCAAGUUAAAAGAGUCUAUUUAAAUGCACAAGUUGUAGAAUAGUUUUUAAGUAUUAGUUUACAGAUGGAGAAAUAUGUACUUAUUUGUUUAAAUUUUCAGUUUUGAUUAAAUGCUGUAGGAUUGCUUUUGGAAGACUCCAUUAAAAUGUCAUUCAUACUAGUCAUUAUACAGACAGUAUUAUAUACUUAAUUUUAUAUACAACUCUUCUCUGUAAUGAUUAGAAUAAUUUAAAAAAUUAUAUUAAUUUUCCAAAAAGAAUAUUCAUGAGGAAUUAGUUGUGUAAUAUGUGUCAUUAUUUCUGUAAUAUUCACAGUUGUCCCAAUAGACAAAUUGCUAAAUGAGAAAACUGAUUGUGUACUCUUUUCCCUAUGUAACUGAAGUUUAAAAGACAUUUUCAUUAGUGCGAUUCAGAUUUUCUAUGUUCAUAAACCUGUAAGAGGAAUACAUUGUCAGCUUUAUCUUAUCACAAUGACCUUAGCAAGGACAAGAGCCAAAGUGACCUUCACAGUAUUAAAACCAGGUAUUUAACUUGAAGAGACUGAUAAUUCCUGGCAUCUUACUUCAGCUCUUCAGUUUUGCCAGUUUUCCUCCAUCCUUGUGCCUUAGUAGUAGCUUUAUUUUCUGUUUCCAUGCCAUUAACUGUGGCAAAGUAAGCUUCAAUAACAUACUGCAGGGUAGGUAAGAUUUCUACAGGACAGAUGAUUCAUGUGAAUACCUUUGCUUCAGUCAUGUUGCUAACUAAAGAAAGAAGACUUCAGGAUGUUUUCUGUCGGAAGUCUUCAUCUCUGAAGUCUUCAGUGCUACCUACUAAGCAGUCACUAGGCUGCUUAUAGCAGCAAGCGGUAAACUGAACCGUAGCUGUUGCUUCCGUUAACUAUGGGAAAAUGUUGUAUCUUGUCAUACAUCAAAUAUAAAGUUACAAAACUACACCCCCAUAUUAAAAGGCAAUAGUAAAUAGUAUUUCUGAUGUGAGAAAUCAUCUCUUGUGGUUUAAAUUAAUUAAAACACUUUAUCUUGAACUUCAUUGUAUUUUUUAGAUGAAAAAAUAUUACACAGUUAACACUUCACAAUAUAUUGCUUGAUAAACUUUAAGUAGUCAGCUAUGAUAAUGUUAAAAUUGUAAUGGACUUUUAGUGCUAAUAUUAGUCUAGCCAUAUAUUCUGAAGUAAAUUUGAUCUCAUGCUUACAAAGUCAGUCUUCUUUCUGACAGGAGGACACUGAAAUUAGCUAGGUUUCAUAAAUUAAUUUGGAUUCUUCCACAGCCUGAGAAUUUCCUUUCUUACCAGGUAUCCAGAUAAGACACUGAGAGCCCUUAUGUUCCCUAUAAGUGUUGUGAAAGCAGUAAGGUUGUCUUCUGCCAGACAGAAAUCAUGAUUCUAAACAUUUAAUCACAUCUUUUCAAGAAGUUUAAAUAAUUAAUAAAAUUUAGUGAGGCAUCAGAGGCAUCUUUUAUAUGUCUUGAGACAAUUGUGGUAAGUUCAUUAUCACAUCACUACUGCAUGUACUUUUUGUAAAACCCAAGCUGAAUAUUAAUGCUUAAAGCUUAAUAUUGCCUAGAACAGGCUUCUGUUUUAAACAGUAAACAAUGGAAGGUUCUGAUUCUGUGACUGACUCUGUAAUUUGUUAAGAGAUACCCUUACAAAUUUAGAUAACAUUCAUCAUAGCAAUUUUCAUAAGCAUGUAAAAUAAAAUCAUGUAUAUUUGGAAUAGAGCAGGACCCUUCCACUCAGUAAUUUCUGUAUAUUAAUAUGUGUGUCAGUUCUGUAGAAGUUAGUAGCUUGCUACAGUAUUUCAGGCAACUUCCCCAUUUAUUUUGUUUUUUUUUUUCAUAAUAAGUCUCCAUAUUUUAACUAAACGUAGCUAGGUAACCUCUACAAUCACCUUGCAGAAAUGCAAGUAUUUUUAUAUUGGGACACAACUACUUUUUGUUAGUGCAAAGCAAAUGUAUUGAGUAGAGAGAGGAAGAAUACUGUUCCUACUUACUGAAACAAUAGGAAAAAACCAAACACAUAGGAAAAUGAGAGUUUUAGUUUUAAUGAAGCUACUCAGGGUAGCAUAGAGACUUCAUUAACCAUUAAUUAUUGCAACUUGUCACAUCAUUGGAAUAAAACGCCCAAUUCACCUUUGCUUAUGUAUUUGUGUUGUGUUUAUACCUGAGUAAUAUGAGUAUACAAUUUAUGCAUUGAGAAAAGUGACAUAAUAUGCCCGUAGUACAUGGGUAUAAAUAGCUAUGCAAAUUGAAAGAGACUAGAGAAUUGCAAGGGUGUUUUAAUUGCCACUGUCAUGACCAGAUUGCUGGGUCACAUAAACAGCAAGCGAGUGAGUCAUUCAGGUGAUGCUCUUUCCUCUAAGUUUUUGCCUACGGCAGAUCUUUUUGGCAGUCUUCCACCCAGCUACUUGCUAUAAGACUCUGGCAUCUGACAUCAGACAGAGCAAUGACGUAUGUGAGAAAUUCCUCAGUGCAGAGAAAUUAUAGACAGUGAAAACUGACUGUAGCUGAACUGGGAAAACAGACAUGCUUCUUUAAUAUUCUACACUAUACUUGUGCAGGAACUAAUGUCAGUUCCCAGUCUGAAAAAUCAUUCACGGAUUUCACAGGGAGGUGAGCUCUUACUCAGUGAUCAGGAAAUAAUGUAGUAAUGUCAGUUACUUUCUAGUAUUGCUUACAGAAAAGUUACUGUGAAAUGGUACUGAUUUUCUGCAGUUAGGCACGUCAACCUGUACUACAGCUCUCACAGAAGGAAAAAGGAUCAUUUGCCACAUUUCCACAUACAAAUUAUUAAAUCUGGUAGCAGAACAGAAUGCAGAAGAAGCAGAAGUGUUAGGAAGUCAUGUUUAAAAACAAGGCUUUAUCAUAGAAGAAAGGACCUAUGUUCCAAACCCUGUGAUUAAUUGCUAAAGAUGUAAGAAAUCUCAGUGAACUACACAAAAAAAAAAAUAUUUCCUUGAGUAACUGUUGUAGUCUGGAUCAAACUGAUUUUUCAGUCUACAGAGCAUUUAUGCAAUUAAAAAAAAAGUCACAAAAUUAAUGCAAAGUGAGUUUUUAAAAAUCUUUUAUGACUUUUCAAAGCUCUUUGAAUCAAAGCUUUAUGAAAAAGUACCUUCCUCUAAAGAUAGUAACUAGAUUAACGACUAUGUACGUUCUCACUGAAAUAGAGUGAUGUUUAAACAUACAAAAUGCAUGUAAAAUUAUAAUCUACUAUUUGCACUUAAAUGAUGUAACCAAAACAUUUCUAAUAGUAUUCUAUUUUAUGUCACAGAAUACAUUAUAAGCAUGACCAGUAUAAUAUACACGAAGAUAAUAUAUAUUGUAUGUGGGAUUUUAAUAUCCAAUGAUGAUUAUAUUGGAUAAUCUUAAUUUUUAAAGAAUGCUAUCAAAAUGUUAUGGCACUUUGGUAAUGUUAUCAUACUGGUUUAGUUGUUAUAAUAAAUAUCAAUUAUUCAGGUAUUUUAUUGAUUAUGUUUGCACAGACCUGAUGAUUAUUAUUUAAGGACUAAUUAAUCUGUUUUCUAUAUUCUAAAUACAUUUGUAGUAAGUCAGUUUACUGCUGUUAAAAUUCGUUAUAUUCACAAAAUUGAGUAGAUUUUCUGGGUCAGAUUUAUUUAUGUUAUUACUCUGUGAAGAAAACUGUUUACCUCCUGUGGUUAGUAAAGGGUAGUAGGUAAGGUAUAGGCUAUAGAAUGUGCUGACUGCAGUUCCUAAUGUGGAGAUUAAUUUUAGAUGUUUCUGUUUGUAGGUGACCAACAGGAGGCAGCAUAAGAUCUCUUUUAAUUAAAACAGACUGAAAACAGGGAUGUAUUUGACAAUAUUUAUAGUUGAGCAUUAUGCUCAAUUUACUUUUUUCCUUCUAACAGCCAGUAAAGCAUAGAGAACAGUAACAUUUCGCUGCUGCCUGGGCUCUGCUGAUAUGUGGAAAGUAUGAUACUACACAUUUGCUGAGAUGUUCAUUCUUUUGUGAAAUAAAGCACUGAGCAACUGAA